AAAUCAUAUUGAUAUUCUUUAAUACAAAUAUUCAAAAUCAAUCAACAUAACCAAUUCAAUUAAAGUGUUUAUUUUGUAAAAUUUCAGUUCUCUUUAUUACCGGCAAAUACUGUGUUCUAACUAUCAACUUAUCAUUUUCUAUUCCAUGUAUAUUUCAAAGUUUUGUCAUGUAUUUCUCGAGAAAAUUAACAAAUAGAAGAAAGCAGCGGUAAGAAAUCUUUGGCGCGAAGAGCAAGUUUUUGAAAAUAUUUACAAUUUCAAAACAAGUGGACCUUCUUGCUUCUCCAUCUUGGGAGAAGGUUCACUUCAUUAAAAAAAAUUGAUUUCGAAAGUGAUAGAAAUUUUUAAUUCCAGUUUUUCAACAUUGUGGAAACUAAUUGAUACUAUUCCUGAUACUAAACCUAAGUUUGAUAAUUUAUUCAUCCCAAAAUUUUUUCCAAUAUUUUAUUGUGAAACAAGAAUCUCUCACAAUUUUUUGUGACUGGACUUUGAAAGGUGAUUCAUUUGUGGAAGAAAGACACUAACUUGAAAAGCUGCUCUAUUUCCAACAGGAAUAGCCUACAAGAAUAUCUAUUGAAACUAUAUACCACUCAAAGUCUAAAUGUAAUAAUUUGGAAAGUUGCUGCAUUAUUUCAAGAGAGAAUAUAUAGAUGACUGUUACAUAAUUUUUAACAGGAAUAGCUCACAAAAAUAUAUUAUAUUGAAACAAUAUACCUCUCGGAAUAAUGUUAUAAUUUGAAGAGCUCUGUUAUUUCAAGAAAAAAUAUAUACAUGAUUGUUAGUUCAUUUUAAACAGGAAUAGCUCACAAAAAUAUCCAUUGAAACAAGGGCACUCAAAGUCUACAUGUUAUAAUUUGAAGACCUGCGUCGUUUCAAGAAAGAAUAUAGACGUUUGUUACACCAUUUUAAAGAGGAAUUGCUUACAAAAAUAUCUAUUGAAACAAGGAUACUUGAGUUGCAAAUUUUAUCUUGAAGAGAUGCGUCAUUUCGAGAAGGUUUACAGAAGAGUUUAAAGCAGUUUUACACAGUUUUUCCUGUUGAAAUCGAUAAAUCAAUGAGUAUAUCUUUCGGAAGUCAGUGAUACUGGUAUGUUGGUUUGAGAGGAGCUGCUACAAUAGUGACAGAUAUCUAUUAGUAUCUGAUAUCAACGAUUUGUUGGUUUAGAAAAAGUUGCUUAACAGAUAUCAACAUCAUAUUUGUUGAUUUGAAAGAAGUUGCUACAAUUGUAACAGAUAUCCUAUUAGUAUCUGAUACCAAAAAAAUAUAUAUUUGUGGGUUUAGAAGAAGUUGCUCUGUUAGCAACAGAUAUCAACAUCAUAUUUGUUGAUUUGAAAGAAGUUACUACAAUUGUAACAGAUAUCCUAUUAGUAUCUGAUAUCAAAAAAAAAUAUAUUUGUGGGUUUGGAAGAAGUUUUUCUAUUAGCAACAGAGAUCAACAUCAUAUUUGUUAAUUUGAAAGAAGCUGCUACAAUAGGACCAGAUAUCUAUUAGUAUCUUAUAUCAACAAUUUGUUGGUUUAGAAGAAGUUGCUACAGAUAUCAACAUCAUAUUUGUUGAUUCGAAAGAAGUUGCUACAAUUGUGACAGAUAGUAUCUGAGAUCAACGAUUUGUUGGUUUAGAAGAAGUUGCUCAACAAAUAUCAACAUCAUAUUUGUUGAUUUGAAAGCAGUUGCUAAAAAAGAAACAGAUAUCUAUUAGUAUCUGAUAUCAACAUUUUAUUUUUGGAUUUAGGAGAAGUUGCUCUAUUAGUAACAGAUAUAAACUGGUAGAUGCUGGAACGCAUGGCCUGAAUGACUUCCCUCAAAUACAGCUUAGAAAGGUUGCACAUGUUGAAGCCAACUCCAGGCUUAACAGGACUUCGCAAUAUCGGCAACACAUGCUUCCUAAAUUCCAUCGUGCAAUGCCUCUCAAAUACCAGACAUCUUCGCUACUACAUCUUGACCAACGCCUACAAGAAGGAUAUCCGCUCGGAUUCCCAGGGUGACCUGAUCGUGGCUUUUGCGAAUUUGUUGAAAGAAAUCUGGAGCGGCAGUGUCGAGGUGGCAAAUACAGCACUGUUCAAGUCGCAGGUACAGAGGUUUGCGCCCAGGUUUAUGGGGUACAGUCAGCAGGAUGCCCAGGAGUUCCUAAGGUAUCUCUUAGAAGGACUACAUAAAGACGUUAACAGUGCCGACAGAAAAAAUCGUAGAAGAUUUGAUGACUUAGACGAUCUACCGGAGCCUCAAAAAGCUCUAGAAAGCUGGAACCAGUACCUUCAACUAGAAAACAGUUUCGUUGUCAACCUGUUUGUGGGUCAACUGAAAUCAACCCUAACUUUCCCUGAUUGUGGUCACCGUUCCACGACCUACGAGGUGUUCUGGGACAUUUCUCUUCCGAUUCCCACCCGAUCUUCAAACCUGCAGCUGUCCGAUUGUUUCGACUACUUCAUGCAGGAUGAAACGCUGGAUGGCGACAACGUUGCAAAAUGCUCACGUUGCAAAAAACUUCGACCCUGCACGAAACGUUAUUCGAUCCACAAGUUUCCACGGGUUUUGGUGGUGCAUCUGAAACGGUUUUCGCCCACGGAACGGUUUCGUAAACUCAACGUCAACGUUGAGUUUCCCGUUGACGGGCUCGAUUUGACGCCCUACACGGAUCACGGACAACGGUUGACGGAAAACGGUCAACGGUUAACGGAUUACGGACAACGGUUAACGGACAACGUUAAGGGGAGCGUUGAUUAUGUUAGAAAAUCCAGUGAUAACGUGAGAAACCCCGUUGAUUACGUUAGAAAAUCCGUUGAUAACAUGAGAAACCCUAUUGAUUACGUUAAGAAACCAGUUGAAGACCACCAAAUCAUGAUUUAUGAUCUGUAUGCAGUUUCAAACCAUAGCGGAAGUUCCCAGUACGGACAUUACACUGCAGCCUGUAGACACCCAGAUACCAAACAGUGGCAUUUUUUCAAUGAUAGUAAUGUGAGUCCCUUGGGGACCGCGAAAGUAGUGACGUCACAGGCGUAUGUACUUUUUUAUGAACAGCGCAUGCCCGAAGCGCAGGAAAUAAAGUGCUGCCAGUAGUCGAAGCCAGUAAUGGACGCCAGUAAUCUAAUUACAGUGGGGAAAAUUAUUAUUCGAAAAGUGUCUUUGAAUACUUAUUCAGAACAGUGAAAAGUUUUUGAGAAUAACUAGUUUAAUACAACAAAUAAACACAAGUUUGAAUGGGACAUAUUUUUGUAUAUCGAAGGAAAAAUUAGUAGCUGCAAGUAAUGGACGCCAUUAGUUGAAUUACAGUGAAGAAUUGUAAAUUUUUUGAGAAAUAUAAAAUCGAUGGAAAUUGUAAAAUUAAGAGGAUGUUGUAACCACUGGAAACAGUAACUGAAAGAAUUGUAAUAAAGAUUAUUAAACCAAUUUGUUCUCAAUUGUG